AUGACAGAAGUUAUCCUCCAUGUCUACGACCUAACCAUGAGCGGAAAAGGGAACGACACCGUGAACUACAUGGUGGUCCAGAUGAACAAGCUCCUCAAAGACGGCAUCAAUCUCGGUGGCGUCUUCCACGUCGCCGUCCAAAUCUACGGCGAAGUGGAAUGGGCGUAUGGCCACCGCGACAAGGGCAGCGGUAUCUUCAGCUGCCCAGCGACCAAGAACCCAAACUACACCUACCGGGAAAGCAUCCCCGCCGGUAGGACCCACUGUUCUUCCUCCAAGGUCAAUCUCAUCCUCAAGGAGCUCCGGGACGAGUGGCCCGGCGACGAGUACAGCUUGGUUUCCCGAAACUCCAAGCACUUCUGCCAGGAAUUGUUAGAGAAGCUCGGAGUUCCCAAGCUCCCCGCCUGGGCCAACCGCUUGGCUAACGUCGGCGAUACUGCUAAAGACGUCGGUAACAAGCUGAUGCAAGCACCCAAAGACGCCUUUAAAUUCCUCAAAACCGCUACAGGCGUCGGCGCCGCUGAUUCUAAUUCCCAGCCCAAGUCAUCUAGCUCCUCAUUUUUCAAGUCUAACAAGUCAAAAUCCAAAUCCCAAAUCGAAAACCUGCCGUUAAUCGGAAUUGGGGUCAAGAGCAUCACCAAAACCUUCCGGGUUAAUGCUCCGGUGAUCGCCCUUGACGACAAACCGGCAAACGUGGAAGCGGAAACUGAAAAAGGCGCCCAGGAUUCCGAUGAGCCAAAAUAUUUAGAAGAGGAUGGUGAAGAAGAAGAGAAGACAAAGCGGCUUCCAGCAGCGCCGGCCUGUCUCCUUAUUGAAGAUGGCUCGGAAUCGCAAACUGGUGAUUGUAAAGGGGGGAAGAAGCAGCACGCGACGGAACCCAUUGUGGAGGAGCCAAUUUCAGAUGAAGAAGAAUAUUCGGAUUCCGAAGACGAAACCCCAGUCAUGAAGAAUACUCAGCAAAAGUUGAAGGCAAUGAAACCCAUAUCUGCAGCUUAA